AUGUCAGACGCAAAGCGCCAUACUCGUUUUAUCGAAGAGGACCUUGUGGAGGCUCGUCCCAAAGGCCCUCCUCCAAGUCCUCUUCAGAGCACUUCGCAAAAGUUAUCCGGCGUCGAAGAACAGUCGGCAUCGCCCCCAAGCCGUUUCCCUGCUAAGCGAACCCAAAAGAGGACAGGGGGGGGGCUUGUGCCAGUACUCGCUGGGUCGCCUUGGAAGCACUAUGAAAAUAGGCACCGCCUAAAGUUCGGCCAUUCCUUUGCCGUUGUCACUUCGACCAUAACACGACGGCCCCGUAUGAUCCGUUCGAUCACGGGGCCUAGCAGCGACGAACAGAUACAUCGCCUCCGCCACCUGUUCCAUCCGAACAUUGUCGAAAGCCUGAAGCUCUACACCUGCCCACAGGAGGGUUACUUCCUCGUUUCCGAGUUUCUGCCAACCACCCUCGAGCAUCUCUACCAAGCGCCGAUCUACCCCACCGAGCCAGAGCUCGGUUCCAUCUUACACCAGGUCCUUACCGGUAUCAACUUUCUGCUUACUAGCGGUCUAGUCUAUGAGCAGGUGUCGGCUGCCAACUUGCUGAGCGCGACACCCUCCUGA